UGCGCAAACUUUCACAAAUACUGCAAGCCUAAAGUGAACCCAAUAUUGUCAAGUUUCUGUACUCAGCUGACGAACAUUACGCAGGCACAGGUUGAUGAGGCCAAGGAUUUCACCGUGGUGUUGAAAAGCUUUGAACACUGGCUGCGCAUCAACCGUCUUACCAAGUCUAAACAAUUUGCAAUUGUCACUGAUGG